GGAAGGCCCCGCCCGCCCGCCUGCCAUGGCUGCCGCCUCCUCCUCGUCGUCCUCCAGCAGGACCAAGGCGGGGGAGCCCCCCCUGCAGCCCCUGGCGCUCACGCCCGCCGACCAGGCGAACCUCCGCUUCCUGUGGGCCAAGGUGUACGAGGAGGCCGAGGAGAACGGCCGGCUGAUCGUCAUCAAGUUCUUUACAGAUUACCCAGAGACCAAGCAGUACUUCAUCCACAUCCCAACCGAGGGGACGCUCCACAGCAACCCCAUGGUGGCCUUCCAUGGCAGGAGAGUCAUGGUGGCCAUGAACCAAGUGUUUGAGAACAUAAACAACUGGAAGCGGGCCUGCAAGCUGCUGGAAUGCCUGGCAGAGUCACACAAGAAUGUCCAUCGGGUGCCCGUGAACCUGUUCCAGGCAAUGUUCCGGACGAUGCGAAGCACCUGCCAAGACAUCCUGGAGAAUGAGUUCACUGAUGACAUGCUGGUCUCCUGGGAGAAGCUCUUUGGAGCAGUCUACGAAGUCAUCAGCGCUGUCUACACUCGGAACCCGCUCUCCUAGAACGAGAGUGGCCAGCGGUUGCCCCACCCUGUGUUUGGAUAGUUGGGCUAUUGGAGUGGAGGUGAUCAAGGGGGCAGGCAGCGGGGCAUAUGUUUGGAUUCCUCCCGCAGAGGACUGUGUUCACUCGGGGGUGAAAGCCCUCCCUGGCCAGAUCUGGGCUGCCGCUUCAUCUCCAUCUAUGCAGCAGCUGGCCCCUCCCUGUGCCGCUUGCCUCAAAGCCAGAGAGAAGGGUGGAGGAGAGGCAGGAAGGCCCAGGAGUCUCCUCUCCGAGCUGGGACAUCAGCUGCCUGCCUCCCCAAAGGAAAGGAUUGUGGCUAAGAGUGGGGCUGCCUCAGCCACUGGCUGGAGUCAUGUCCUGGUCUUCCUGCCUUCCAAAGAGCAGAGUGGGAAGGCCUCUAAAGGAGGAGGCCAGCCCCACCUGGUGGACGGACGAUGGGAUUGCCCCUGGCUGCUUCUGCUGUGUUGGUGAAGAGGAGCCCAGCAGGACAUCGGAAGAUCACGAGAGCCCUGGGGGGGGGGGGGUCUGGGUCAUCUAGCACCACCUGCCUUCCCUCCGUGCCCCCACCCUGGACUCCCAUUUAUGCCCAGCCUUUCACACCUUUUUUAAAAAAAUCAAAGCCAAUUUGCAGCAUAUAAUGAGAAUAACUCAACUGCCUUAGGAGUAUUAAAACUGGAACCACAGUCUGAAGCACCAAUAAAGUGGCAGCAGAAUAAA